UUCGUCAACCGCAUGUGUAUGCGUGUGCGAUAGAGAGAAAGUCAAUCAGAAGUAAUACAUUUUCAGAAAAUUUUUCAAGAGAAAAUAACAGCGAAUUCGCGAUGCAUACAUUUAGUGAAACUGGAGCCGGAGUUCCGGCGUUCUUAGCGAAGCUAUGGAGAUUGGUUGAAGAUCCAGAAACUAACGAUUUAAUUUCCUGGAGCACGGAUGGAAGGAGUUUUAUUAUACAAAACCAAGCUCAGUUCGCAAAAGAGCUAUUGCCGCUUAACUACAAACAUAAUAACAUGGCUAGUUUUAUACGCCAAUUAAACAUGUACGGAUUCCAUAAGAUCACUUCUAUCGACAAUGGAGGAUUAAGAUUUGAUAAAGAUGAGAUGGAGUUCACACAUCCUUGUUUCCAAAAAGAUCAUCCCUAUUUGCUGGAGCACAUCAAAAGGAAAAUUGCCACAUCGAAACAACAGCAGGACGACAAAAGCGGUUUAAGGGUUGAGGCUGUAAAUAGAGUUCUUUCCGAAAUGAAACAAAUGCGUGGUCGUCAGGAAACACUGGAUACACGAUUCAAUUCUAUGAAGCAGGAAAACGAGGCACUUUGGAGAGAAAUAGCCAUUUUGAGACAGAAGCACAUGAAACAACAGCAGAUUGUUAACAAGUUAAUCCAAUUCUUAGUCACAAUUGUUCAACCAUCUCGCAGUGGCCUCGGUUCAAUGGGUAAUGGAAAAAAUAAGAGACGUUUCCAGCUAAUGAUAAAUGAUGCGCCUCAAUCAAAAGUACAAAAAACCGAUGCCAAUCAAGGUGCCACUAUUCAAGAACUGGGAGAAGUAUUGGAGGAGGUAGCUUAUGAAAACGAGCAAGAAAUGUUGUCACAAGAUAAAAGCAAGAAAGAAAAAUGUACUAAUGCUAUUGUCCGACAGGAAAGAUCACAGAAUUCAGACAAUGGGACCAGGUCUCCCGAUAUGCCAGAAGUUACGUCUCCAUCUUCUCUGAACCAACAAUCGCCGUACCGUCCAGAAAGUGUGAAUGAAAUGAUUGAGGAAGUGCUCAGUCCGGUUCAUCUUGAAGCACUGGUUAAACAAGAGAAGGUAGAUCCUUCUUCAAACGCGACACGUUAUAUAAUAGAAGCGGGGAACGGAGAGGAACAAGAUGAAAACAAUUAUGAUGACGAAGAGUAUUUGGUCGAUCAUGUGGAUGAACUCGAUCCCUGUAAUGUCGAAUUUGGAAACGACACUGAUAUGUUAAAUACACCUAUGGUUAUAAGGGAAAUGCAAAAACAAGAGCAGUUGAAGCAACAAAAACAACAGCAAGCGAAUCGUAUGUCACAGCUACAAAAAUCAGUUAAUAGGGGCGAAAGUUUACUUAGAGCUAAGAACAAUGGGAUUCCUUAUAAAACGCAAAAAAGUUUGCUAACUAACAAUAACCAAACACAACCGACAAUGAAGUAUGAUGGUAAUGUCGAUGCACAUUUAGCCACGAGAGGAGGGAAGAAACCAUCAUCGCCAUUGAAGCAAACCAUCGUAACGGAUGCUGGGAACAACAAAGCCGGUCCAUCUGGAACAAACAAUUUCGCGGCAACAAAUUCUGUACCAUCUUUAGCAACGAUCGGUUACGAAGUUGGAGAUUUUACCGUUAGCGAAGUACCUAGUGACAUAUUCGAAGAUAAUAACCAACUGGAAAAAGAAUCGCCUAUGCUGGGUGCUUUCAAUUUUGAAGGGGGUUUCUAUAAUCCAAAUGUAAACAUAAAUGAGAUGAAAGGCCGUCAGCAGCAGUCUAAACAACAGUCGCAGCAACUACUACCAAACGUCAUCGAGCCGAAUGAAAACAUUGAUGGUAUUGAUCGUGGUUGUUUGGAGGAUGAUGAAGAAUCGGGCAACGCUGGUAAUGCUUUGGCAAGGUUUUCGAAUAAUGAGUUAGACUUGGGUAAACUAAGCACGAUUACUGAUUAUGAUCAACAUAUUAACACUGUUGAAAACGAGUUGGAAUCCUUGAAGGAUUUACUGAAAGGUGAUGGUUAUCAAUUGGAUGCGAAUACUUUGUUAGGGACGGCUAGCGGAAACAGUCAACAUUUUGGCAGAGUUUUCUUUUCACCGUCUACAUUUGAUGCUGAUACGUUUACUAAGCUUUUCAGUGGAACCGAAGACAUAAUGGGAUAUGAUUUUCCAAUGAAUUUGCCAGAUGCGACUGUGACGCAAAGGAAACCUACUAGUGACAGUGCCAUUACUGCGAUUACUGCUGAUAGUAAUGGAAGCAAUAAUACGUCUGGAUUGUCAUCCACGACACAAACUGGUGGACCAUCAAAUCAGCUCAUAACAUACAAAAAUACUACGGGAAAUGGGGUAACCGGUGACUAUAUUGAUCUGAAUGAGCUUCUCAAUCUCGAGAACACUAAUGAUGACGAGGCUUCAACUUUACUUUAAGUUGUUUGUUUUCGUUUUGCAUUAUAUAUUCAACGAAAAAUUUUAUAUCGUUUUUUAUUUUGUUUGCCUUUAUCGACUAAGAAGUAUCCGUGUGUAUAUAAAAGUUAAAUAAAAAGUAUAAGGAGAUAAGAUGAUAUAGACCAGUAAUUAAAACACACAAGACCUCUUCACAUUACAAUUUUGGAAUCGAAUGAAAGUGUAAUAAUCACUCUAAAAAUAUCACAAGAAUGAAGGGAAGUACUGUACUUGAAACUACGUGACACUUGCAUAUAGAAUGAGCCUUUUAGACACUAUUGAAGCCAUUUGAACUCUGAAAAAAAUAGGGAAACUUUCGUGUUCGAACUGUACUCGAAAAAACAUAUAUUCAACGUUUUGUGCUAUAAAUAGAAAGAUUGUAUAAAUGUGAUAAAAUUGUGUACAGGUGGGGUACAAAGAAAUGAAAAAAAAUCACUCGAACAUCAGUUCUUAAAAAUGCCUUACUUUCAUAUUUUUCUUUUCAAGUGCACUUUGAGUUUGACCUUUUUAUAUCACAAUACUUGUUCCGAAUCUUGGAUGUUUGAGAAUGCUAAGAAAGAAAGUUUACAAACCAGUGACACAGUUGUACCUGAUUAUCGCGAAAUGGAAUCCAUUCAAAAAUGAACUACUAUUUCUUCAACAAUGAGUUGCUAAAAUUGCAAUUUUGCAUUUAGUUUAAUCACCAGUUCUACAGUUAGAAUAUUAAUACCUGUCCGUCUAAAUAUACUCUCUUAUUGUUAUUUUCAAAUAUGUUCAACUAUUCUUGAAAAAUAUUCUUAUCAACGAAUGAGGUCUAACAAAAAAGGGAAGUGAAAGGACGAUGGAAAAUGUAAACAUAUAUAUAUGAUUGAA